AUGCCACCAAUUGCGAUCAAUCACGAUAGAAGCAGAAGACGCUCAAGACGACUUAGUAGUAACGAGCUUGCGGGAAGCUUGACCCAUGGAGGUUCCAGAGGUGGCUACUUGGUGCCAUCGCCAUUGAAAAACCCUUGUAAAGGAUGCAUUAACGAUGAUGAGAUAUCUGCAGAGCCAGUAGAAUUCUCAAUCAAGGACAAUGACAACAUUCGUGAAACUGUGAUCGAUGAGACCACUGAUCUUUUAUUUGUCGAUGAGAAUGAUGCUGGAACUUUUAACUACGAUUCAACUACCACCACCAAUGACAACCCUGCAACUGCAUCAAAUACCGUUUAUCCCGUGUAUGUUUACCAUGAUGUGGAAAGUAACGAUGAAUUGACCCUCUUUCAAAAAGAUUACACUUCAACUUACGAAGAAUUUUGUGUUCUUUUCCAAUCGGCUUUCCCAUUGAUCAUCACCUUUCUUCUCCAAAAUUCCUUUUCCGUGGCUUCGAUCUUCUCUGUGGGACAUUUGGGUAAAAAAGAACUUGCAGGGAUCACUUUGGGGUCAAUGACAGCAAACAUCACUGGAUACGCUGCCAUUCAAGGGUUGAGUACUUGUCUUGAUACUUUAUGUUGUCAAGCAUAUGGAGCCAGAAGAUAUCACUUGGUGGGCAUUUAUUUGCAAAGAUGCGUGGCAUUAAUCCUCACAGCGUUUGUACCAAUUUGUCUUUUUUGGUUCUUUGCCGCAGAAUCCACAAUACUCUUUAUUCUUCCUAAAUCAGAACUCGGAGAUGGAAACAAAGAGGACUUAGCAAGAUUGGCCGCUAAUUACCUUAAAGUGGUGUCAAUCGGGGUUCCGGGGUUUGUGAUUUUUGAAUGUGGUAAACGAUUUUUACAAGCACAGGGGAUUUUUCACGCUUCCACUUACAUUUUAUUGAUCUGUGCCCCAAUCAACAUCUGCUUGAAUUAUCUCUUGGUUUGGAAUGACACCGUCGGGAUUGGAUUUUUAGGGGCUCCAUUGUCGGUGGCUAUUGUUAAUUGGUUAAUGGCCAUUGGACUUAUUGUUUUCACUGUUACCACCAAGCACCCGGCCAACGUGAUGAAGAGUUGGGGUGGCUUAAAUGUUUCAUUGGCAUUCCAACAUUGGAACCGUAUGUUCCAUUUGGCAGUCAAUGGUCUCAUCAUGGUCGAAGCAGAGUUUUUAGCAUUUGAAAUCCUCACGAUUUUUUCUUCUUACUUGGGGAUUAUUGCUUUAGAUGCCAAUUCGGUGGUCAGUUCAAUCACUGCAUUAACUUACCAGAUUCCGUUUGCCGUUUCUAUUGCCGGAUCUACUAGGUUGGCCAACUAUAUCGGGGCAUCAUUGCCUAACUGUGCUAAAAAAUGUUGCCAAGUCACUCUCUUGGUGGGCGGUAUUGUUGCCAUAUUCAAUUGUGCAAUGGUGUUUUUGUUCAAAAGACCAAUUGCCAGUCUUUUCACUUCUGAUCCGGAAGUGAUUGAUCAAGUGGUUGAUAUUUUGAAAAUCAUCGCUGUUAUCCAACUUUUUGAUGCAAUGAACUCGGUGACUGCUGGAUUAUUGCGGGGUGAAGGCAUGCAACAUAUAGGAUCGAUCACCAACCUAUCAUCAUACUAUAUUAUAGGCUUACCAUUAGCAUACUUCCUCACGUUUAAAAUGGGCUUUGGGCUACAAGGUUUAUGGAUUGGAACAGGGGUUGGAUUGUUUUGCAUUUCAGUUGUUCAAAUUUUCUUUAGUUUACAUGUCGAUUGGGAUGACAUUAUCUCUGUCGCUCAGAAGAGAAACGAAAGAGAAUCGAACUUAUGA